AUGGUGACCCCGACCCAGGCCCCCACAAAGGCUUCCCAGGAACCUGACCCAUUCUACUAUGACUACGACACUAUUCAGACUAUUGGCAUGACCCUGGCUACCAUAUUGUUCUUGCUUGGCAUCAUCGUCAUCAUCAGCAAGAAAGUGAAGUGCAGGAAGGCGGACUCCAGGUCUGAGAGCCCAACUUGCAAAUCCUGUAAGUCAGAGCUUCCCUCCUCAGCCCCUGGUGGUGGCGGCGUGUAA